GCCCCGCGGCCGCACUCGCCGCCGGCGCCUCCCUGUGCGCACCGCACCGGCCCCGCUCCCGCCGAUCUGCACCGCUCCGCACCUCUCCGCCCCGCUCCCCUCGGCGCUGCGGCAGCAUGCGGGGCUGCGGCGGGCGCCGCGUCCUGAUGGCCCUGAUGGCCCUGCUCCUGCCCGCCGCCGCCGCCGGCCCCGCCGCCGGCCCCGGGCCCGCCGCGGCGGGAGAGAGCCCCGGCAAUUUCAUGGAGGACGAGCAGUGGCUCUCCUCCAUCUCCCAGUACGGCGGCAGGAUCAAGCAUUGGAACCGCUUCCGAGACGAGGUGGAGGAUGACUACAUUAAGAGCUGGGAGGACAGCCAGCCCGGGGAUGAAGCCCUGGACACCACCAAGGACCCCUGCCAGAAGGUGAAGUGCAGCCGGCACAAGGUGUGUGUGGCGCAGGGCUACCAGCGCGCCAUGUGCAUCAGCCGGAAGAAACUGGAGCACAGGAUCAAGCCUCUGAGUGCCAAGGGCCACGGGGGCUGCAAGCCCUGCCACGCCGCCCCGCUCUCUGCCGUCUGCGGCUCCGACGGCCACACCUACAGCUCGGCAUGCAAGCUGGAGCAGCAGGCAUGCCUGGCCAGCAAGCAGCUGACGGUGCGGUGUGAGGGGCAGUGCCCUUGCCCCACCCCACACGUCCCUGCUGGUGAUGGCAAACAAGAGCUGUGUACCGGGCAGGACCUGGCUGACCUGGGCGACCGCCUGCGUGACUGGUUCCAGCUCCUGCAGGAGAACGCCAAGCAGAAUGGCUCUGGCAGCCUCCCCGCCAGCCCUGCCACUGCUCUGGAGAGGAGCGUGGCGGCCAGCUGCAAGGAGGCAGUGGGGUGGAUGUUCACCCGACUGGACACGAGUGGAGACCUGUUCCUGGAGGCGGCCGAGCUGGCUGCCAUCAACCUGGACAAGUAUGAGGUUUGCAUCCGCGCCUUCUUCAACUCCUGUGACACCUCCAGGGACGGCCGCGUCUCUGCGCCUGAGUGGUGCUUCUGCUUCUGGAGGGAAAAGCCGCCCUGUCUCAGGGAGCUGGAGAAGAUUCAGAUCCAAGAAGCCGCCAAAAAAAAGCCAGGCACCUUCAUCCCCAGCUGUGACGAGGAUGGGUACUACCGGCGGGCACAGUGUGAACCGGGCGGUGGGGAGUGCUGGUGCGUGGACGCCCACGGUGCUGAGCUGACCGGCACCCGCCUUCAUGGCACCCCUGACUGCGAGGAGGCAACAACGGGGUUUUCGGGUGACUUUGGGAGCAGCGUGGGCUGGGAGGAUGAGGAGGAGAAGGAGCCGGAGGAGGUGGGCGAGGAAGGCGAGGAAGAGGAGGGCGAGGCGGGCGAGGGCGACGAUGGUGGAUACAUCUGGUAGAGGAGCAGCAGCGCUCAUGGGGAGCACGGCCAGGCAGCAGCCCCCCAGCCAGGGGUCGCCAUGACCCCCCUCCCUGCUGCCAGUGUGGCAUGGAACGGGUGCAUCCCACCCCCUCCCUGCCCCGUGUGGGACGGGGUGUGGGGGUGCUCACCUGGGGAGGGUGGGGGCAAGCAGGGUGGGGGGCCGUGCUUGUGCCAAUGUGAGCUUUCUGGGUUAUUUUUUCGGUAGAGCCUUGUAGACCCCAGUGUGCUGCUGUGGGGGCUCUAACUGGGCAAAUGGCACUAAUAAAAGUGGGAAAAAAGAAGGAAAAUAAACAAAAAACCCCCCAUAGAUAAGCUGCCCCUCCCUGCGUAUCCCCACCCCACCUCCCCCGUGCUGUGCUUGUGCAGACCCCACCAGGCCCCAGCGUUGUGUAGCGGCUGUGAAAUAAAUACCCCGUGCUGUG